CUAAGAUCUUGACGCUUCCAACAGUGUCUAAACCAGAGAGGUAAGAAGAAGAAAUGAGCAGAGCUGGAAUGUUACAUUCUUAGCCUUCAGUUUAGAGUCUGGAAAUAUAGCAACGUGUAAUGAUAUGUUGGAGAGUGAACGAAAAGUGCCAUACCGCCGCCUUGAAGCUGCUGCGCAGAAGUUUGCAAAGGUGGUUAUUCCAACAGAUUUGGAAAGACUAAGGAACCACCAGAUAAAUAUGGAAAAGUACCGAAGGUGUAGAUCAUGGGAACAAUUGAACAAGGAGCAUAUCAAUGCUGGGCGUACAGUGCAGCAACUUCGGGCAAAUAUGCAAGACAUGGAAAUGCUUUUUGUUAAAGUAAGAAAGGAAGAUAUCCAAGCUUUGACUAAAGUACUGCAACCAGUGAAAGAUAUGGCUUUAGCAUCAAUAAAUACUUUUUUGGAGAUUCAUAUGAAAUCAGUUGAAGAUUUACGUGAAGAAGUCCCUUCUGAUGUGCCAAGCAAUCUAGCAGCAAAAGAGUCGUCUUGUGAGAGUAAUUUCAAAAUCCAGACGGAUGUGCAGCUUGUUGAAAUUCAAAAUGAAAACGCCUCGGACUCAUGGAAUGCACUGGAAAAGGAUUUGUUAGACUUGAACGAAAUUAUAAAUGAAUUUUCCCAUGUAGUACAUACUCAGCAGGACAAGAUUGACAGCAUUGAAGACCAUGUCAACACUGCUGCUGUGAAUGUUGAAGAGGGAACCAAGAACCUGGGGAAGGCAUUGAAAUACAAGCUGUCACUGCUUCCUGCAGCAGGUGCACUCCUUGGUGGAAUAGUUGGGGGACCUAUUGGCCUGAUGGCAGGAUUUAAAGUGGCUGGCAUCGCUACUGCAAUUGGUGGUGGACUUCUAGGCUUCACAGGAGGAAAAGUUUUACAAAGAAAAAAAGAAAAUGUGGGAAAAGAACAGAUAUCCAGUAUAAAGUACCACCAACAGGAAGAAAAGGAGCUCACAUGAAACAUUUAUGUUUUCAUAUAAAGGCUUGUAAGAGGUUUGACAAGAGCAGUUGUAAAUUACACUGAUUUUGUGUAUCUUUGUGAUGAUGGGUAAUGAUAUUUGGAUUUUUUAAUUUAAAAUAAAAUGUGAAGACAAAUGUUUAACAUUAUUCAUGUUUAAUUAUGUUCAUCUUGUUCACAUUUAACAUCCCUGGACAUCCCUGAAACUGAACAGUCCUCCAGUAUGUCCCAUUCCAGUGGGGAUGAUU